AUGCUUUCAAAUCUGUUGCUGGUUUUGGCGUCGACCACUGCCUUGGUGAGCAGCCAAAGCACCGGGUCUAUCGACCCAAACACCGUGGACCUCAAGACUCGCAAGUAUUGGUGUGACCAACAAAAGUCUUUGUGCCCUCUGCUGUGCCUCCAGCUCUCAACUGGCAAACCCAUCGCCAAUGACUGCGAGCCGAAAACCCUCGAUUACCACUGCAUCUGCAGCAACAACAUCUCCCCCAAUUCCUCCCAGUACUCCCAGACCAUGCCGUACUUCAUCUGUACUGAGGCCAACGAACAAUGUGUGAAGGCCUGCUCUGACAGCGCUUGUCAGUCCGAGUGCCGCACCGCCCACCCCUGCGGUGCUCAAGACCCUAUUCGGGUCAACGUGACCACCACUGCUUCCACCUCGACCGCCUCCAUGACCGCCACCGGCAGUAGCACUGCCUCCACGGGCAGCGGCGCUGCUCAGACGCAAGAAGCUACCGGAGGAGCUGCCCGAGGACAGAUGGGCGAGAUCAGCCAGUUCUACGGGCUGGGCGUCCUGGUUGCUGGUAUUGCAGCUGGCUUUGCGGUUCUCCUGUAA